UCCCGCUGCCGCCCAGCAGCCGCGCGGCCAGGGCGCUGCCCACCCCGCGCCCCGCUGUCCCCGCCAACGCCGCUUCAUUCGGUCCCAAUCUCUCCUCCUCGGGGUCUAGACAGCCCCUUCCUGCUGCCGUUGCAGCCAGCGUCGCCUCUGGAGGAGCGUGUCCAUCGUGGGUCACCAUGCCCAGCAAAACCAAGUACAACCUUGUGGACGAUGGGCACGACCUGAGGAUCCCUUUGCACAAUGAGGACGCCUUCCAGCACGGCAUCUGCUUUGAGGCCAAGUACGUAGGAAGCCUAGAUGUGCCGAGACCCAACAGCAGGGUGGAGAUCGUGGCUGCCAUGAGACGAAUACGGUAUGAGUUUAAAGCCAAGAAUAUCAAGAAGAAGAAAGUGAGCAUUAUGGUUUCAGUGGAUGGAGUGAAAGUGAUUCUGAAGAAGAAGAAAAAGCUUCUUUUAUUGCAGAAAAAGGAGUGGACGUGGGAUGAGAGCAAGAUGCUGGUGAUGCAGGACCCCAUCUACAGGAUCUUCUAUGUCUCUCAUGACUCCCAAGACUUGAAGAUCUUCAGCUAUAUCGCUCGAGAUGGUGCCAGCAAUAUCUUCAGGUGUAACGUCUUUAAGUCCAAGAAGAAGAGCCAAGCUAUGCGAAUCGUCCGGACGGUGGGGCAAGCCUUUGAGGUCUGCCACAAGCUGAGCCUACAGCACACACAGCAGAACGCAGACGGCCAGGAAGAUGGGGAGAGUGAGAGGAACAGCAAUGGCUCAGGGGAACCAGGCCGCCAGCUCACGGGAGCUGAAAGAGCCUCCACUGUCACCGCAGAGGAGACUGACAUCGACGCAGUAGAGGUCCCACUCCCAGGGAAUGAUGUCCUGGAAUUCAGCCGAGGUGUGACCGACCUGGAUGCUGUAGGAAAGGAAGGAGGCUCCCACAUGGACUCCAAGGUCUCACCCCAUCCUCAGGAGCCCACACUGACAGCUUCGCCCCGCAUGCUGCUUCCUUCUUCUUCCUCGAAGCCACCAGGCUUGGGCACAGGGACGCCGCUGUCCACCCACCACCAGAUGCAGCUCCUCCAGCAGCUCCUCCAGCAACAGCAGCAGCAGACGCAAGUGGCUGUGGCCCAGCCUGGCCCUGCCCCCACUUCUGAUGGAGGAGCUGGAGUCCAGGUUCACUUGCUGAAGGAUCAAUUGGCUGCCGAGGCUGCAGCUCGGCUGGAGGCCCAGGCCCGCGUGCACCAGCUUCUGCUGCAGAACAAGGACAUGCUCCAGCACAUCUCCCUGCUGGUCAAGCAGGUGCAGGAGCUGGAGCUGAAGCUGUCAGGACAGAAUGCCAUGGGCUCCCAGGACAGCUUGCUGGAGAUCACCUUCCGCUCCGGAGCCCUGCCUGUGCUCUGUGAUCCUAUGACCCCCAAGCCAGAGGACCUGCAUUCUCCGCCAUUGGGCGCAGGCUUGACUGACUUUGCCCACCCCGCGGGCAGCCCCUUAGUUGACCACAGCAUGUUUGAGAAUUUGAACACAGCCCUCACUCCGAAGCUCCAGUCGAGCCGUUCCUUCCCCCACCUGUCCAGACCUGUGGCCCCCAGCUCUGCCACCCUUGGCUCUUCAGAGCCUGGUGGGCCAGGAGUGAGGGUGGGGAGCAGCCAGCACCUCAAGAACCUAGGCAAAGCCGUGGGGGCCAAAGUCAACGACCUCCUGAGGAGAAAGGAGCCCUCAGGCCUCAGCAGCGUGGGUGUGACGGAGAUCAACAAGACUGCGGGGGCUCAGCUGGCUGGUGGGGCUGAUGGGACAUCAGGGGCCUGGCUAGAGGAUGAAAGAUCAGUCCCUGAGGACUUCCCUCGCCUGGAUCCUCCACCUCCCAUAACCAGGAAGCGAACCCCUAGGGCCCUGAAGACCACCCAGGACAUGCUGAUAUCAUCACAGCCCGUCCUAAGUAGUCUGGAGUAUGGGACAGAGCUGUCACCUGGGCAGCCCCAGGACUCCCCUCUCACUGUCCAACCUGUCUCAGCAGAUGCUUCACAGCUGGAGGCCACCAUGGAAGAUAGGGACGAGGUUCUGCCCAAUGGUGAAGUUUCCCUAUCGGUUCCUGACCUAAUUCACAAGGACAGCCAGGAUGAAUCUAAGUUAAAGGCAACUGAGCACAGAAGAGCCUCCUCCCCAGGCCUCGUUGAGAGGAAUGGCCUCAAACUCAGCUUGAGCCCCAUCAGCCUGGCCGAGUCCUGGGAGGACAGUAGCCCCCCUCCUCGAGCACGGACCUCCAGCCUUGACAAUGAGGGCCCUCACCCAGACCUGCUGUCCUUUGAGUAGCCUGUGAUCUUCCUGCCAAGCACCCCUCUUCCCUCUGCUUUCUCUUCCACUGUGCCCAGGGAGCCCUGGCCCUAGCUCUACCAUGCCCUUUGGUCUUCCUUGUACAAGGCACCUGCAGAAAGCUGAUCUCCACACCAGAUGUUGCAGGGUUAAAAGUCCACAAGUAAUUCUAGUCGAAGAGUCUAUCUGCAGAAUGGCAAAAGGACUCAGGUGCCAUCCUUGAUCCUAAUUUCUGUAAGCUCCUCUGGGUGUUGAUUGUAGCCCAGGGGUACUAGAGCUCUUUCACCCACAAGUUUGUUCCAGCUUCCUACUGAAUUAUAGGGCUACCAGCUCAGGAUGAUGGAUCUUGCAGGACUUUUCUGUCUCCCAUAUGCUUCCUGCUCUUCCUUACCCAAGCCCUGGUUCCUCUCUCUCCUCCAUCAUGGCCCAGAGAUCCUUAUCUCAGGGGGCAACAAGGCUGGAUGAGGAAUGAUGGGGUUGGCUUGAUGAUGGGGCCUGUCCUAGAAAGCCACACAACCUGACCAUAGCCCAGCCGUGGUUCCUCCUGGUUCCAAGAGAUUGCGGGGCCCCUGGUAUCUUUCCUCUGUCCCAGGGGGCCAGAGGGGGUGCUUAACCUCUCACUCAAGGUUCUCAAGGUUUUUCCCAUCCUUUAGGCACCUGGGAAAAUGCUGGGGCUUCCUGCACAGAAAUAACAGCCAGGCUUCCUUUGCUAUGUGUGUGAAGACAGGGCUAGGCAGGCCCCAGAAGAAGAAGCAGCAGCAGAGCAUGUUUUGAUUUUGGUUUGAGAGGAGAACCGAGGAGAGUAAGGGUGGUCCUACUAGAAAGGAGAGCAGAGGUGGUAGAUAAGGGAGUAAAGCCAAGAUAGAGAAGAGUGUGGUUGGGGAUCAGAGCAAUUUUUCAAGGUCACCCCACAGCCUAGAAUGAAGCAGUGCCAGGGUCUCGGUAAGUGUGAGAGCCAGGGUGAAGCAUGUGAGAGAUUGGGAUGCGAUCCAAACUGUGGAGGCAAACCUCCUAUUAAACCCAAGGUGCUUUGUGCUUUUGAAGUUGCCUGAGUCUCCUGCAGCACCAGGCCUCCCUGGAGGGGCCUCUGACCUGCCCUUCCCUAGUUCUACCCUGAUGCCAGGGAUGGUCCUCUGCUCCCUCCUUCUGGAUCCGUCUAAGGAACAGAUAAGUAUCCUCAAACCUUCACUUGUUCCUAUCCUCCUGGGUUAACCCACUUUUGUAUUCCUGUCUCCCACCAGGGGACCUAUUGUACUUUCUUCCAAGGGCCAGGAGACCCUGCAGCGAGCUCAGUCUUGGGGGUCUUUGCAGCAAGAAGAUAAUAUCUCUCUCUUUCUCUCUCUUUUUUUGUUUUUUAACAAGGCGAACCUAUCUAAAGAGAAGAAUGGGAAUGGUAGGUCCAGCCAGGGCAGUCUGUGCCUCAGGCCUCUUCCUAUCAUUCCUGUGCCCUUCCCUUUUCCUUUCAUUGUUUGACUUCUCACUCAUGAGCUCUGGGAUACCUAGGCCUGGCUUCCCAGUUGAUUAUCACCAAGCCUCUGCUCCUCUUCCUAUCACCAUAUAAUACAUCCAUGUUAACUCCUACAGAACUGGAAGCUUCAGUGGGAUUGCUGGAUGUAAGCACAUUCUUGUUUCUACAAUUGUACAGCCUUGCCUCCACCCUCUCACACCCUUCUCUUCUGCCUUCUUUUGCCCCAGAAAGCAAGGCUUUGCAACAUACUUCCUGCAAAGUCCUUUUCCUUCCCUGCUUAUGAGGGUCCGUGCAGCUGAGUGCCUGCAAGGACGCGGUGGAGUGAGCAGGGCUGUUAGCACACAUGAAGGCCCUGCCUUACCCUCAGAACACCUUGGAAGUCAGAAAUCCUCAGGAACUAGCAUUUGGUUUCCUGUGAGUUUUCCUAAAAUGGUUCAUAACAUCAACCAAAACAGAACGGGGAACGUGGGGGCAGAGACUCUAAACACACACCAGGGAGUAAGCCCAGAUUCAUCUGAGCUCUCUGUGCAGGAAGCUUGGUUUGCCCCUCUGACAGGAAACUCAGCAAGUGCCUGCAGUCUGGAGCUGCUGCCCUCCAGGGAUCGAGUAAUGUGGUAACUGUAGUACAAACAGUUCCAGCCCCCACUUGCUUAAGUACUUGUCUCCACUCCAGCUGCUGCUGGAGUCCUGGCCCUCAGACCCAGGAUUAGCUACGGGAUCCCACCAGGUUGUUCCAGGACCAUCACAGGCUUCUUCGGAUUUAUGUCUGAUACUGAGUAAGGUGCCAUGGGACCCUGUGCCAAUCCCUGGCUGCCUACAGCUCAGCCAUUUCCCUGCUCUAGGGGUGACACUGCUACCUAGGAGGCCCUCAAAGAUUAAACCUUGUCUUAGACAUGGUUGCUCCGGGCUAGGUGUUAUCUAGAACCGGUAGGAACAACUUAACUACUAAUCCUGCUGAGGGUUUUUUCUCUGGCCAACUCUUCCAGCCAAAGCCCCUCCUGAUUUCCUGUCCAUCUCCAGUCUUCAGUCACUUUCCUAGAUUAUAGCAUGGCAGCCCCACUACCAUAAAUCUGUCCUCGUGAGUCCAGUGGAGCUUGGCUUAGGGCAGCCCAGUUCACCCUGUGAGGGCAAGGUACUGGGGAGGAAUGAAGGGCUGUCUUCUAUAUUUGCAAAAGGAAGUUUCUCCUCAGUUCUGUUUAUAACUUCAUCCUGAUCACAAAUGAGCUUCCCAAACCUGGCAGGAUGGUGUUCCCCUCCUGCACAAAGAGAAACAUCUCUGAAUAUUAUGUAUGUAGACGACAUGAAGACAUAUGUUCAUAGCCCAUCCACUUUGAAAAAAAGUUUGGCCCUAGUUUGGAAGAGGAAGAAGAUUAUAGAUCUAUUCUGAGUAUUUUUAGAGAGUUCAUAUUUAUAUUUUUAGAAAUUUUUCUGGUAGAAGGAAAUUGCACAAUAAAAGAAUUCAGUUUGGUUUG